GCAAUAAAAAGAGAAAAGCAUUAGUAGAAAAUAUUGAAGAAGAAUCAUCUAAAUGGGACGAUUCUAAAAUUACUUUACUUAUUGCAUAUAUUCAGGACAAUGUUUCAAUAUGGUCUAACAAUAAAA